AUUGAAAAAUUGGGGGAAAAAAAUAAAAGGCGUGAAAUAAAAAAUCAAGAUUUAAAGCAAAAGUUUAGUUAUAAUUUUGAUCAUGAUGGAAUCUGAAAAUUACAUAACGAGUGAUAAUCACAAAGAGUUAACUUUCACACCAGAAUUAAAGAGAAUAACAAAACUAAAUGAUUUUAAGGAAAUUAAAAUUGUUAAAUCACCAUCAUGGCCAUCUUCACCAGCUGUUUCAAGAAGUGAUGUCAGGCAAGACAUAACUUCACAGUUUUGGACACUCGGCAAGAAAGCUUUUGCUACCAAAUCUGCUGGCGAUGAAAAUAGCGAAUAUUCUUUCCAACAAGAAAUAUCACGUCAACAAGCAAUUAAAGAGAUACAUUCUAUUCUGGCUGGUAUGGAUUUAGGAAAAUAUUAUGUGAGAAAGCCAAGAAACACUAGGAACCAUUCUUUAGAUAGCAUCCAUCAACAACCCCUCCGACGCUGCCAAUCUGUUCAGCCUCAAAUGACAUCAAGCUAUAGUUCAUUUGAUGUAUCUUUUCUUAGCAAUAUACCUUCCCCACCAAAAACUCAAACUAUAAUAGAGUUGUUAAAUGAGACUUCGUUAGGUGAAAACGUAGUUUCACCUCAGGAGAAACAAUACUCAUUAGAGUUAACGCCAAUUAAAAAUUCGCGUAAAUCAGUGAACCCCAAACUUAAGGAACUCACCGAAAAAUUGAGAUCUUCAUCUGCACCGCCAUCGCCACAUAGAAAGCCGAAAUACACUGUUCCUCAGUCAGCUCCUCCAACUAGUAACUUUUCAUUUUGGACUGAUUCUCUGUCCAAUACGGAGAAUACGUGGGGCAUUAUGAGUGAUAAAGAAACGAAAAACAAUUAUUCUGAGGAUGAUUUUGAGAAAGACACUGAGACAUGCACUAAAUUGAAAAGUGUCCCGAAGUCAUUGAAGAAAAAGACAUCUUCUCUUAGUGGAUGCGCCACUUUGCCUCGAACAAAGGGAAUUGCUAACAAAGAAAACCAUAAUGAACCCAGAACUCUCGCAAGCCUUGAUUUAAAUAUAAAUUUUGAUGUAUUUAGAAACAAUAGAUCAAGUCUCGAUGAAGAUACCGGGCCAUCAAAAGAAUGUAAAGAUAAUUUCAAAGAUUCUGAUAAAAAAGAGCGACGAAAGGAGGAAUGCAAUCGAAUUUCAAACGAAAACUUUCGUAAGUCAUCUUACGAGGAUAAUUCAACAGGUCGCCGAUCUCACUCCAGCAGUAGACGUAACAGCUUAAAAAAUAACGUGGUUCAUCAUAGAGCUGAUUUUGAUCUUAAUUUUGUUAAAUACGGCUCAUUAAAUUCUCAAGACAAACGGGUCGAACGUAGAAAAAGUAUAGGGAAGAUUGAUAUACAGACAGACGACGAAGCAAAGCGGCGAACGAUCUCUACUCAGGAAUAUACCAACGCAGAAGCUUCGGAUAAAUUACGAUUAGAAAUGUCUUCUGAAGUCAAUGCAAAUAACAGUUCUGAAGAAAACAAAAAUUUUACCACUCAGUCUUACAUUGUAGAUGAAACAAAAAGUGUUCCUGUGUUACCAGCCACAUCUUCGAACCCAUUAGAAGAAGAAAUCAGAACGAUAGCGAAGUUGCUGAACGGGAAGGAAAGUCUUUUUCUUAAGUUGAUUCAAUCUUCAAGUUUGAAAGACGAAACUCAAACCGAUGAAGUUACUACUGAUAGGCCUUUCUCACCACCACUUUCGAAUGAAAGGUACUGUUCAAGAGACAUGACACCUCUUUUGAACAGGAAAUCGGCAACACUUCCAAACACUGGAAGAAGUAGUCCGAACAGGUCUCGUUCCAUGACUGUUUCGGGUACUGAAUCAAGUAAAACCGAGAUAGCAAGUCCACCCAUGCAGCAAAAACGGUUUUACAAGAGGAGGCUUCGAGGACCGUACGGGGAAAUGCUUGAACAAGAAAUGAGCAAAUCCGUAAACAAGCCUAGACCAUCUUAUGCCAAAGAUUUAGAUUUUCUGAAAGAACUUGCAAGUCAGGACUCGAGUUCCGAACCGCCGAUUUCGAAAUCUGAACCAACGAGAUCGAGACCAUUAUUAAGAUCUUCUAGUCAUUCUUUGGAUGAAACCCAUACUGUUACUGUGGAUGGCGUGCCUAAAAGGAAAACUAGCGCUAAUUUACCUGUUAUGAGUGAUAGUGAAGGUGAUAAAAAUUUAUGUGUUCCUGCAAUACCUUUUACUGGUACUGUGUCAGAACCUACAUUACACAUACGGAGUCAUAGUGAUUCUGUUAAGACUUCUACAUCAUGGAAUACGGAUUUAAUUCUAAACAAAGUUUUGAAGCAAAGCUCUCAACAGGACACAAGAACACAUAUUGUGUCUGAGUUGUAUGAAACAGAGAUGUCUUAUGUUGAGUCUCUUCAAAUAAUUUUAAGGAAAUACAUGAUUCCACUGAAAAGUAGCGAACAUUCCACUGAGAUAGAUUCUGACCAAGUUGAUAGAAUAUUUUGGCAAGUUCCGGAACUUCUGAAGUUUCAUGAAUCUUUCCUGGAUAUAAUGGCGAACAGGCUUGGAUAUUGGGACACAAAGCAAAAAAUUGGAGAUAUAUUUGUUGAUGUGUUUACCCGACCGGAAGUUGUUGAUACAUAUAUUGAAUUUAUCAAUAACUGGAAAGCAGCAAGAGAUUCCGUUAAAAGUAUUUCUUCAGCUAAACCAGCUUUUGCAAAGUUUCUCGAGAAUACAUCAAGAGAACACAAAGGUAAACUGACGCUCGAUGCUUUAUUGAUAAUGCCUGUACAGAGGAUACCACGCUACGAGCUGUUAAUAAAGGAACUGCUUAAACAUACACCAAUGGAUCAUCCAGAUUACAAACUGCUGUUACAAGCACAAAGAGAAGUUCAUGAUUUGGCCGUAAAAAUUAACAAAGUGGAGAGAGAAGCAAUGCUGCUGGAACAAAGAAUACAAAAAUUAAAAGAAGUUGAACAACUAAUCGAUGGCGUGACUGAUUUGGUGCAAGGAGACCGCGAAUUCAUCCGCCAUGACCACGUUCAAAUACCGGGUGGUCUUGGAAUGAAGAAAGAACGCUGUUUGUUCUUAUUCUCAGACAUGCUGCUUAUCACAAGCAUUAAGAAGAAAGGUGCAAUCAGGAAAUCUUCCGUAGCUGUGAAUGCUGCAGCACUAUAUCACUCUCUCGAUACAAAUAAAUACAAACUGCUCUUAAAAGCUUCUUUGCAGGACGUUGAACUGUUAAAAACAGAUGAUGUUGAAGAACCUUGCGUCAGAAAAUAUCUUAAGGAAAUAUCAACUUUGGAAAGUGACGUCACAUCACUGGAAAAAAUUAACGAAAUAAUCGGCACCCUCAGUUUCAAAGCUCAAAAUUUGGAGGUAGCAGUUAAAGAUUAUCUAUCAAAUUUAAGUUACCAACUGGUAGAAAAACGUGAAUCAGGAUCUCAACUCAUGAGUGUUGAACUCGAAAUCCGGAUCAACAAUGAGGAGGAAAAUUUUGCUGUUCUUUUUUCUACCCCUGAACAACGAAUGACUUGGGAAGCUGCAUUUUUGGAUGCCAAAGAUAACAUAAGAGAAGAGAGCAUGUAUCCUGAAUUCCUAAGUUCCUUACCAUUGGGAAGAACAAGGCCAGGAAUGCAGAUAACUUGCGCAGCGUCCAUUGUUGGAUCUUCUCAGAGUGGUUUACCUGAUUUAUGGAUCUGCAGCAGUGAUGGUUAUGUUGGUCAAGUCUGUAUCUUAUCUUAUCAAGCCGAGCCCGUCAUAGCCACAUGCGCAAAUGUAUGCAGUGCAAGGAUUCUGUGCAUAGCUGCUGUUCCGGGUGUCAAUGCUGGGUACCUAAGAAUGAGGCGCAGGAGCACACUUCUUCCAUACCUGCCAGGUUUCAAUUACGAAAAAAUGAGAAGGGAUAGUAUACAGGAAUGCAAAGGACCACUCGACAGCGACUCAGACGAUGAGUUCAUUGAUGCUCUAGAAGAAGAACUUUCAAGUGAUGAUACUAACACUUUACAGCCUACGAUAUGGCUUGGAACUGAGGAUGGAUGCAUCUACAUUUAUAACUGUAAAGAUGUAAACCUUCGAAAAACAAGAUUAAAAAUGCACCACACCACCUGCAUAUAUGACAUUAUCCAUUUCAAUGAAAAGGUAUAUGUUUCUUUAGCGAAUGGGGAAAUUCUGAUUUACAGACGUGAUAUAAGUGGAACAUGGAAUACUUUUAAUCCUCACAGAAUGGAAGCAGCAACCAAUGUAUCGCCUAUAUCGAAAAUGAUUCUCGUUGAAGAAAAGUUGUGGUGCGCAACUCUAAAUUCAAUUGCCGUCAUCGGGACUUCUUCCCUUGAAGUAGAGAUCACAUUCCCUGUUGGACCAGAAUUGAUGCGUCACGUGACAGCUAUUGCGCGUUCAGGCUAUGGUGUAUGGGUAGCCGUUCAGAGCAGCCCCAUCAUUCAUCUAUAUCACAUUACCACUUAUCAUCAUUUAAUGGAGAUAAAUAUUACAUCAGCUGUUACUAAAAUGCUAAAUGCUUAUGAUGAAAUCAUAAGGCAACAUAAGUUAGUUUGCUUAAGAGUUACUUCUCUUUCUGUCGAAAGCGAUACCCUCUGGAUAGGCACCAGUGCAGGAAUCAUUCUAAAUUUGCCAAUACCAUCAAUUAGCCCAUCGACCACGCACAUUGAAUCAAUACCAAACAUAAAUGGUUUGCGACAUGGACACGUUGGUCACGUUCGUUUCUUAGUAAACAUAAAAGAAACAUCUGUUGAGAGUUCACUUAUGAACGAAGCCAGAUCUUGUGAUGAGGUCAGACCCAGAAAUGCACUUCCCUCCAAUUCGGAAACUCCAUCUGCAUUCAUGAUUAGUGGAGGAGACGGAUAUGAACACUUCAAAAGCAGUUCAACUACUGAUGUCAUUGGUUGUGACGACAGCACCAGUCACAUACUCAUGUGGAAAAUGUGAACAUUCUUCAGACUAAGUAAAGAUUUGAAGUCAUGUGCCAUUUUUUUCUAUGUUUUUCAUUCCUAAAGAAUUUACUGCUUGCGUUUAUUCUAUCUGACAUAAUGUUUUAAAAGUUAAGGAUGGAAAUUCAUCCACCUAAACAUUCAUCCAUCUAAUCUUUUAAGAAUCACGUGACGUAAAGGAACCAAUCAGGUGCUUUAACCUAAUUAGUUCCCUUUUUUACUAUUCCGGUUCCACUAUUGCGGUUAUGACUAUUGUAAUGAAAUCAGAACGUUGCUUAUCAUAAUGCUUUUUGGAACUGGCUGACUUUAAUAUUCUAGAUACUCCUGAUAUUUUAAUGCUAAUAUACUAUUUGAAAAAAUAAAUAUUCUUUUUAAAAUACUAGCAAUUUUUAAAUGAACAAUUUCACUUUCUCUUAUUUAGCUUGUUCUACUUAUUCAUUUUUUUAAAGAAUUUUUAACAAAUAAGUUUAUUUUAAGGAUCGCGAAAGCAAUGUGAUUUCGACAUUAAGUUGAUACAAUGAAGGGCAUUGGAUCUUGAAACUCUGCCAUCUUCAAGUUACGCUAUUGGUCUCAAAAUUGUAUAACUGUCGACCCAGUAACUGUAGAGCCAGUAACUGGUCCAGGAAACAUUGCCAUGAUCCCUGGACCCGGUUACUGGCUCUUAUGGAUUGCUUCAAGAAAAUUUAGAUUGUUUAUAUUUUUAUUUUUACUAGAUAAAAUAUUAUUUAAAAUUUACUUUAAAAUAUUCUUUCUGUGGAAUAUUUAACCCAGUUAUCGCAGAACGAUCUCAAUUUUUAAGCGAUUUAAAACAUUAUGUUGAAUAGAGUAAGCGUUAACCAAUGAGUUGUUGAAUAAAGGGAAAUUAAGACUUAAGUUAUUAUAAGAUUGCCUAAAGUGAAUUAUAUUCCCUUUGAGGAAAGUGUAAAUGUAAGAAAGUGUACGUGAUUUUUAUAAAUGUUGUAAUUUUGUGAUUAUGAAGUGAGAAAUAGAGGUAGUUGUUUCAAAAUAUUAGAAAGAGCUCAACAAAAAUGCAGGGGGUCUUUUCUAAAUAACACCCUUUGCAUAUAUUUUUUUGAAUUCUUGCCGAAAUUACCACCUAUUGAAA